GCCCGAGCCCCCGCCUCUCCUGGGGCACUAGGCCAGCGUCCGGAGGCCGCGCCGCCCCGAGGCAGCCCCUGGACAGGAGCCCAGGAGGCCGAGCGCUGCGACCUCCCGGCACCGGCGGAGCGGAACGGGCCGUCGCGGACGGGACAGCGCUCCGAGGUAGUUGGUCCUCUCCGGGGAGCCAUAGGCGUCAGGUGACCGGCUCAGCAAGGUCCGUGUGACUCCAGGGCGCCCGGCAGGAGCCAUGGCAGCCUCCAGGCCGCUGUCCCGCUUCUGGGAGUGGGGGAAGAACAUCGUGUGCGUCGGCAGGAACUACGCGGACCACGCCAGGGAGAUGCAGAGCGCCGUGCCGAGCGAGCCCGUGCUCUUCCUGAAGCCGUCCACCGCCUACGCCCCCGAGGGCUCGCCGGUCCUCAUGCCUGCCUACAGCCGCAACCUUCACCACGAGCUCGAGCUGGCCGUGGUGAUGGGCAGGCGCGGUCGCGCCGUCCCGGAGGCCGCGGCCAUGGACUACGUGGCGGGCUAUGCCCUGUGCCUGGACAUGACCGCCAGGGACGUGCAGGACGAGUGCAAGAAGAAAGGACUGCCCUGGACUCUGGCCAAGAGCUUCACGGGCUCCUGCCCCGUCAGCGCGUUCGUGCCCAAAGAGAAGAUCCCUGACCCUCACAACCUGAAGCUCUGGCUCAAGGUCAACGGCGAACUCAGGCAGGAGGGAGUGCUCUCAGGAGAAAAGAAGUGGAGAGGAAGCAGAAAGAGCAGAAAGCAAACAAAGAAUGUGGUCUCAGAGCUGGAGAUGAGCUUCUGUCUGCUGACCAUCCCAAGGGGAUGUCAUUGCCGGAAUCUGCUCCUCCACCCCUCUGGUAACUUCCCCAGUGUUUUGCAGACAAAAAGUUUCAGGAAGAGCCUAACCACAGAAGGUUCCCACAAGCAAGCCAGCUGAAGCCAGUUCUAGCGGCCUCAAACUGCUCUGAAAUAAACUAAAGUGAACUGUUCCAUUGUAAUCUCAUUAACACCUUAAACUCUCCUCCUGUGGGAGGGGCAAAGCAGCAUUUUUAGAUCAUGCUACGUAUGCAUGCAUGCUACACAUUCGCCUUCAAAGAACAUGGCUGUUAGGCGAUAAACCCCCAUCUCCUGCCUUUUCCUUAACUGAAUAUUCAUGAACUACACUCUGAUCUAACAAUAAAAGGACACCUCAAACCCUUGUUCAGGGAGGCACUGCUUUGGGAAAAUAUUCCCGAUGUUCUCCAUCGCUUGUGCAAGUAAUAAACCUUUCUUCACCUACUUCUGCCUUGGCUGUGCUUUUUGUCUCCGCGCUCACCAAGAGGCGAACCAACUGAGUUUGGUUACAUUGUUUCUUACAAUGCCAUCUAAAUCUAAAACUAUGUCAAUAAAAAUUUUAAUUACAAAAUCCAUAUGGAAACUUUCACAAUAACAUUUUAGAUCUUUCCUGCCAAGCAUCUUAAAUCUACUAGGCUUACUUUUCUAUGCAAGUAGAUACUAACUUCGACCUAGGAGAGGUUAGAAAUCAUAUUCAUCAUGCAGUUGAAAAUAAUUUUUAAAAAUGCUGUCACUAGUAUUGCUAUAGGGCAUGGCAACCAAAUCAGUUUUCUAAUACAUUAUAAAACAAUUUGCCAGUCCAGUUAAAAGUUUCUGGCAGUAUUAUAUCCUUAUAUUUGAGGACUGUAGAAACACAGUAAAUUAAAUUUUAUUUUAAAAGGCAAUUAUAAUCUUUGAAUCUAAAUAGGUUGCCAUGGAACUUCAUUAUGGGUUAUCUAUUUAUACAUUUCUCUCAAAUACAUAACCACUCAUGUUAAAGAACAGCUCUAACUUUUAUAGAGCUUAAAAUUUAUUAAAAAUAGUCACUUUUUAUUUCUUACAAGAAUGAAUUUGGUAAA